UGAAUGACAUGUUUCCAAAAUGGUUGGGAGACCUACCUCAUUUGCAGAUCUUAAAGUUGAGAUCAAAUAAGUUCUAUGGUCCGAUAAGGACUGGCAACUUGUUUUCUCAAAUUCGAGUCAUAGAUCUCUCAUCCAAUGGAUUUAGUGGAGUGUUACCGGUGAGCCUGUUUCAGAAUUUUCAAGCCAUGAAAACAAUUGGUGAGAAGAGUGGAACCCGAGAAUAUGUAGCAGAUAUAUAUUCUUAUUAUUACACAAAUUCUUUGAUAGUGACAACAAAGGGACUGGAUCAUGAACUUCUGCGAGUUUUGACUACACAAAUAAUUAUCGAUCUCUCAAGGAAUAGAUUUGAAGGCUGUAUUCCAAGCAUUAUUGGAGAUCUCGUCGGACUUCGUACGUUGAACUUAUCUCAUAAUGUCUUGGAAGGUCACAUACCAGAAUCACUGCAACAUUUAUCUGUACUUGAAUCAUUGGAUCUUUCAUCCAACAAAUUAGGCGGUGAAAUAUCACAACAAUUUGUGCCCCUCACGUCACUGGAAGUCUUAAAUCUCUCUCACAAUCAUCUUUUUGGAUGCAUCCCCAAAGGAAACCAAUUUAAUACAUUUGAGAACAAUUCAUACCAAGGAAAUGAUGGAUUACGAGGAUUACCACCCUCAAGAGAUUGUGGCCGUGAUGAUAGGGUACCACAAGAGACGAUUCCAGUUGAGCUUGGUCAAGAAGAAGAAGAAGAAGAUUCACCAAUAAUCAGUUGGCAGGCGGUUCUCAUGGGUUACGGUUGUGGACUUGUUAUUGGACUAUCUGUAAUAUACAUAAUGUGGUCAACUCAAUAUCCAACAUGGUUUUCAAGGAUGGAUUUAAAACUGGAACAUAGAAUUACUACGAGAAUGAAAAAGCACAAGAAAAGAUAUUAGUGCGUAGCUACC